GCCAUCAUCCAGAAGAUACAAGUGUUUAUUAACAGUUGUCUACGCAAAAUACUUCGGAUCCGUUGGCCGGACAAUAUUAGCAACAACCUGCUAUUGGAGAGAACAAAGCAGAUCCCAGCGGAGAAAGAAGUCAGGAAGAAGCGCUGGAAGUGGAUAGGAUACACGUUGAGGAAAGCACCCAACUGCGUCACAAGACAAGCCCCACAUGGAAUCCUGAAGGUCAAAGGGAAAGAGGAAGACCAAAGAACACAUUACGCCGAGAAAUGGAGAUAGACAUGAGAAAAAUGAACAAGAAUUGGAUGGAACUGGAAAGGAAGGCCCAGGACAGAGUGGGUUGAAGAAUGCUGGUGGGCGGCCUAUGCUCCAUUUGGGAGUAACAGGAGUAAGUAAGUAAGUAAGUAAUGUAUAAUCAGAUGCGACUUUUUACAAUAGGGAAUAUGUAUAUUGAGUCCUAAUGGCUUUGUAAAUCGAUGUCACAAGUGGAAGUAUUAUUAUAUAUUCAACACUUUAGCCACCACACGUGAGUAGUAGAUAUCGCUAGCUAUAUUUGUCUUUUUUAUUGAGUAAAUUGUUGGUUAUACAAACAUCAAUAUAUUCAAUGUUGCUUUUGGUAAGUAUAUGGCCAGUAUAUUUUGUGAUCUUUUAUUUAUGUCUUUUCUGAAACAUUUUUCAUACCAUCUAUCUGUUUUUCCUUAUAUACUCAUAGAUGUGAUAAACUUUAACUGUUUUCACCAACUGUACUAUAAAGAAAAAUGAUCUGUGAUGUUAUGCCAACAAUUAACGAAGAUAUUGGAUCUCAGGGUGAUCGAGAUUCACUGGUUAGUGCAGAUGGUACGAAUGUUGAAGAUAUGUUACUUAGCAUGUUGGAUGAACGUGACAGAUUGAUGGAAGGAUUGCGUGAAUCACAGGAACAAGUAAACGAAACAAGAACUCGAUUGAACGAAGUUGAAAGAGAACGUGAUAAACUUCAUGCACAGUUGUCAGCUAAAAUGCCUCAAGAUGUUGUGGAAAUGUCAAAAAAACUAACAGAAGUUGAAGAGCAAUUAAUUGAAAGAUGUGAUGAAAUCGAUGAUUUGAAAGCUGAACGAAACAAUAUGAAAAUUCUCUUAGAACACUUAGAGAAUUUGGUAGCUCGCCAUGAAAGAUCACUUAGAAUGACUGUAGUGAAACGACAUACAUCAACGGCUAUGAGUACUAGUACAAAUUCAUUGAUUCCGGGGGGUACAAUGGCUGAUGGUGAAACAGUGUGCUCCGAAAUGGAUAUUUUAAAUUCUUCAUCGAAUUAUUCCAUGAAUACAACUACUGGAUCAACAAGUCCUUCAAUGACAGGAUUAGGCUCAGAAGUGGAAGUUUUAAAAGCAUUGAAAUCUUUAUUUGAACAUCACAAAGUUUUAGAUGAAAAAGUUCAUAAUCGUCUAAGAGUGUCACAAAAUAAAGUAACUGAUUUAGAAAAUGAAUUAUUCGAAUUAAAACGUUCAAAGAUAAAUAAUAGUUCCACUGAAAAUACAUUUAAUAAUAAUAAUAUUCAUCGAACAGUGAUAUCUAGUGAAACACAAGUUGACAAAGAUUUCAUAAAAGAUGAUGAUACAGACAUACAGAAUAAUCUUGAUCAAAUUCAAAAGUUAUCACUUGAAGAAACUGUUUCAUUCCCACAAGGAUCAGUUGGAAUAAGUAAAAGUUCUGAAUUCUUAUCUUCGUCAUCAGUUCUGAAUGCUCCUUUAUCAAAUUUAUUCUGUGGUUCAGCGUCAGCAGCUGCUCUUGAAGCAGCGAACAGAAUCAAAGAACUGCAAGAAAAUCUUGAACAACGUGCAUCUGAAUUACUCGCUGCUCGAAGGCAAGUGAUUGAACUGACAAGUCGAUCAAGAGAAAGCUCAAAUUCAUUGAGUUUAGCACAAAGUGAAUUAAAUCAUGCUAAUGACCAAAUUGAAAGGCUUACUCGUGAACUACGUGAAUCUGAGCAACGAAGAACUGAUCAAGAAUCCCUAGCUACGAGUUUAGAACAAAGAUAUUUAGUUACUCAGCGUGAAUUAAAUGCAGCCCAAGAUAUGACUGACAAAUUACGAGCUGAAUUAGCCUUCAAAUCAACGCAACUUAAACAGCAAGAAGAAAAAGUUCGAACACUACAAAUUAAAUUAGAUACAAUGGAAGACGAUCUGUUGCAGAGUAGAUCAUUGUCAAAUCAUUUCUUGACUAAAUCUUUCAAAACUAAAUACAUUCAUGAUGAAGUUGACAUUGAUGAUGAUGAUGAGGAGGAGGAGGAUGUUAUUGCUGGAACUCAAUACAAUGAAGAAAAUGCUUGCUCUGAUGAAAGUAAUCCUGAAUUAAUGAAUAAACAAAUAUCUGAGGGGGAAAUGGAACAAGAGACUGAUUCAAUCACUGGCCUUGAGAGCAAACGUGUCCGAAAAAUCAAAUCUAUUAGAUCAGCAUCAAAAAGGAAUCAUUAUUCUCGACAUAUCUUUCAACAGGAAUGGAAUUCUUAUGAAGAUCAGGUAAAAGAAUUAACAGAUGAAAUAGAAGAAGUUAGACAAGAAUUAACGCGUGCAAAAGAAAGAGAAAUCAUUAAUGAAGAACACAUAACUCGUUUAUCGGGAACAGUUGAUAAAUUAUUACAAGAAUCUAAUGAACGUUUACAAAAUCAUUUACAAGAAAGAAUGUUGGCUUUAGAACAAAAACAAAAUUUAAAUAAUCAAAUUGAACAAAUAAAGAGAGCAUUAGAAACAGCAAUAAGAGAACGUGAAACAAAUAUAACAGAAUCAAUGUUAUUAAGACAGAAAUUGUCUGAAUUAGCAGCUGCUUUUCGUUAUUCACAAGCUCAACUUGCAAUUGCUCAUACAUCAACUUCUGCAGCUCAGGCUACUAUUAUGGCAUUAGCCAAAGCAUCAUCUGAGAAAGUUAACAUGGAACGACAGCAACAACAGCAUAAUACAGAUAUUUCUAUACAAAAUUCAGUAUGUCCUUCAAGUGCAGUGGAAAAAUAUGGAACUGAGCAAAGUAAUCCAAUAGAUUUAAUUUCAAGAUUGAUCACUAAUACAUGGAUCUAUUCACAAGCUAAUAAUAAUUCGGAUCAACCAAUAGAAAUGAAUCCUGAUGUUGAAUUACACAAUAUUCAAUCACUUCCCAAUACAAUUAGUGAUAAUAAUAACAAUAAAUUUUAUCAGUCGAAUGAAUUACAGGAAAUGUUAACUCGACAAAAUGUAAUGAAUUUCAAUGAUCCAUCAGUACAAUUAAAUCAUGAUACUGUUAAUCAAUUGUCCUUGAAUGAUAUAGUCAAUUUUAUGAAAAUGAAACAACUACCAAACACCAUAUCUCAGCACAAUAUUCAAGAAAGUGCAACUGAUUCAACUACAGAUCCACAAUCUUUAGCGUAUAUGUUAAAAAAUCAAUUAGAUGCUAUCAAUAAUGAGAUAAAAUUAAUUCAACACGAGAAAGCCACUACAGAAAUGCUAGCUGAUGAAUUAAAGGGACGAUUUGGUACGACGGAUAUAAGUAUUGAUAAUAUAAAUAAUGAAUUUAAGACAAAGAAUCAGUAUGCUGAUAAUCGACCCGAUGGAAAUGAUGGUAAUAAUAAUAAUCAAGCGGAUCGAAAUGGCAAUCUUACAUUACAUGAUUUACUGCAUUCAUCAGAGCCCUCUGCUCUUGCUUCUUUGGGCAACUUCAACUGCAGAACUACAACAGUUACUACUCAAAUGAAUAUGGAUAUUUAUCAAAACCCACCAGUUAGCUAUACACAAAACUUUCCAACAACUUACACACUAACGCCGCAUCCAUCCUAUUUAGGAUAUGAUACACGACUGCGUGCACCAGUAAUGAAUCCUAUGGCUAUCCGACAACCGGGACAAUCAAAAUUAUAUAAUCAAGGAGUGUUUAUCCCUAAUCCCAGGUAUACUAGUGAUCAUAAUGUAAUUUUUUCAACUGGGACUGCUCAACUACCAACUUUAUCAAAUUUUCACGAUGUGGACUAUAAUAUGCGGAAACGUCCACAAAAUGAUCUUUCUAUGACUACAUACGAUAGCACAGUCACAACCACAACAAUAACCGGCACACGAGAUGAUUUAGGAAAUACAGAGUAUUCAGAUAGUAGUCAAAGGGAAAAUGAACGUAAACGAUCUAUUUUCGGGACAUUGGGUCGUAUGUUCAAGAGACCAAAUCCUGUAAAUGUAACAAACUCACAGAAUCAAGUGGAAAGUACAGUGAAAUCAGUAGUUUCAAACAAUCAACAACCUUCAUUGAGAUUUCAUUCUAAUCCAUUAACUCAUCCAUCCCGUCAUUAUCAUGUGUAUAAUAUUCCUCAAUCAACCCCAGUUCAUAGGUCAGACGAAAGAAAUAGACUAACUAAUGUUGUAUACUCUUCACAAGAUUCAGGAUUUUCGAAUAUGGCACAUUUCAAUCGUUCAGUUUAUCCAAACAAUUUUUCUCGAUAUCAUGUGCAAGAAGGAACAUCGAGAUACAGUCCGAGACCUCCAUCACACCAUAGUUAUUUUGGCAAAGCGAAACCUGGCAUUUAUUCUGCAGAUGUAAGUACUAACCAAGAACAAAGUGCAAUUCAGCAGUCAGUUUUAUCACAUACGAUGAACUCUCAAGCUGCUCUUGGACCGAAACAAACUCUUGAGGAUAGACAGAAAUCUCAAAAAUUGUUACUUGAAGAUACUAUACGCAGUAAUUUACCAUUUACUUCAUGGAGUAGUCCCAUAUUAGUUGCAUGGUUAAAACUAUGGGUUGGAAUGCCAGCAUGGUAUGUUGCAGCUUGUGAAGCAAAUAUUAAAUCUGGUGCAAUGCUUGCCUCUUUAUCUGAACAAGAUAUUCAAAGAGAGUUAGGUAUACGUAAUCCUUUACAUCGUCUAAAGCUUCGUUUAGCUGUACAUGAAAUGCUUGCAUUUACUGCAUCAUUAACAGGUACAACGGCGAAUCCAAUUAAAAAUGGUGAAACAUCUACCUCUAUGAAACAAUUACACUUAGCUUCCCCACUUAUAAAGGGUGAAUUAAAUCAUGAAUGGAUUGGGAAUGUUUGGCUGCCUAGUCUUGGGUUAACCAGAUAUAGGUCAUCAUUUAUGGAGUGUCUUGUCGAUGCACGUAUGUUAAGUCAUUUAACUAAGCGGGAUUUGAGGGUACAUCUAAAGAUGGUUGAUCAAUUUCAUCGUUUAAGUUUAUACUAUGGGAUAAUGUGUCUCAAGCGCCUGGAUUACGAUCGUUCUGAGAUUGAACGCCGACGUGAAGCAUGUCAAAAUAGUUUAAACGAUUUACUUGUCUGGAGUAAUGAUCGAGUUAUUGUAUGGCUUAAAAGUAUAGGUUUGAAUGAAUACGCCAAAAAUUUGAUUGAUUCUGGUGUACAUGGAGCUUUGAUGGUGUUAGAUCCAGAUUUUGACGCGAAUUCGUUUGCUCUUAUCCUUCAAAUACCUAAUUCAGAUGUACAAAUGAGGCAUAAACUUGAACGUGAACUCAACAGACUUCUACACCCUUAUCGAUCAGUUAAUCAAAACACUUCGAUGAGACCUACCGAUUCAAUCAUGAAUUAUGAUACGGCAGCAAGUUGGAUUGCUUCUGUAGAACGUCCGGAACCAGCAUAUUAUGAAAAUCAAUUUGAAAUAGGUGAUGAAUUGGGUGGUGAGUCAUCUUACAGACCUAGCACUCAACAACAAAGACAUGGAAUCAACAGGAAUAUUGUACCUAUUUCAGAAAGUUUAAAUGGAGCUCCACCUAUUCCUAUACGAGCGCAAAGAAAUACAGACAGACGAUACCCUACGUCUACUUCACAGUUAACUGUUAAUUCUCAGAACCAACUUCCUUUGAAUGCCAAUCUCAACCGUAAUCUUCAAUAUCGAAAUGCAGGUAUGUGUGAUGACAACUAUUCCUUUCUACAGAAUGAAACAUCACAACUAGAAAGAAGAUUGAAGAAAAAUUGAUAUUAGUAUGAAAUUAUAAUCAUUGAACCAACCUGUAAACUAUUGCAUUUGGAAAUUAUAUUCUUUAAUUCAAUUAAAAUUUAUAAAUUCAUCGAAUAUUCAUUGAUGUUUUUUUAUAUGACUACAAUUUUACAAUUGUCAUACAACAAAAUCAUACAUUCACAAUUAAUUAUCAUUCCUAUAAUAUAUUAUGUAAAAAGAAAACCGAUGAGAUGUGAAACAUGAAUGAUUUUAAUUGAAUAAAUAUUGUUUAUUAUUAUGAUUAUUAAUAUUUCAUUAUUAUAAACAUAUGGUAAAUGAGAGCAUAGUAACUGUAUAAACUAAUUAAGAUGAUAAUCAAUAUAAUAAAUUCAUUAUGAAACAAUAAAUGAAAUUCUGCAUAUUAACAAAAAAGAACUAGAAUAUACAUAAUGCUAGAUUAUUUCACAAAUAAUCUGCAUUCAAAUAUUUGUAAACAAUAAACUAUAUAUUAUGAUCAUGUAAAAAGAAAAGAAAAAAAACACUAUUCAAAUUAUUACGUAAUUGUGC